AUGAAGUAUCUGUACGAUUUCAUGUCUUGGUUAGUGUUGCUGGCUGUAAUUAUUAUCCCUAGCGCGGAUACUGCUGCUGUCAUACUACCAUGGAGCGAAUUACAGGUCAAGAGACAGGUCGAGCCAGUGUCGGUUAGUCCUGUGCCUGACCAUUUUACGCCUCAUGCACCUCCACUCAACUGGAUUGGUUUGGGCGAUUCCUACACUGCCAGUCCCGGUACUGGAGAGGAUCUGCAUGUUGGUUGUGCCCGCAAUGUUGGUUCCUACGUCGUCCAACUGGAGAACGAUUUCCCUUUUACUGAGACAAACGACGUCGACUUCAUUGCAUGCUCAGGCUAUGUAGCCAACGACGUACUUGAGAAGACAAUUCCGGACAUCAAACAAGACUCAGCCGAUUUCAUGGUCAUGAGCUUAGGCGGCAACGAUAUCGGCUUCUCCAAAAUCGCCAUUUAUUGUCUCAUAACCCAGUACAUUAUCACAAGCUCGUGCCAAAAGGUUAUCCAAGAAGCCCAAAAUCAGCUAGAGAGCGUCCAACUGCAGAACAAUAUCCACAGCGUCUACGACAGACUAUUCGACAAAAUGAAAGACGAUCGCCACUACCAGCUCUACCACAUUUUCUACUCCCGCUUCUUCGACGCCACAGACCCUUGGUGCGAUUCCCAGACCUUCCGCGACGAUCCCAUUGGCAAGAUCACAGGCAUCAAGCUCACCAAAUCCCGCAGGCAACUCCUCAACGACCUCACCGAUGCACUCAAUGCCCGCCUCGAGGAGAUCGCAGUCAAUUACAUCAGGCUCAAAGUUGGUCGUGCGUCUUGGGCCAAAGCCUCCCGCCUCAUCACCAUCAACCCGGACAAGAUCUCCACCGCGGACGGAACAGGCACAUACGGAUUAUUUGACGGACAUCGUUUCUGCGAGCCAGGCGUUCGUAGCCUCGAGAACGAUAAUGUCUGGUUCUUUGGCGUCCUCGAUCAUGAAGACGCGGCCGUCGCCCCUGCAGGAACGGUCGCAACGCAAAGAACAAAGAGAGACGAAAUGAUUAGGAGGGAGCAAAUUGAGGAAGCGGGGCGGCUGAUGCAUGAAGCAAGGGCGAACAAUAAUGGAUCUGAUGAAGACGACGCGAUUCCUUUUCCGUUGCCGCCGCAGCCUGAGAGUCUUAUUCAGUCUUUUCAUCCGAAGACGAAGGGGAUGACGGCUGUGAAGUCUUUGAUGCAGACGGUGUUGCAGAGGGAGAGACCGGCUGAGAAAUGA